AUGCCCAAGUACACGACAACGAGCAUCCGCGACGAGGUCGACAUCCGCCUCGAUGAGCGCACGGCGUCGCUGCCACCCGUGACCUUGUGCGCCAUGUUCCAGGAGACUGCGAUCAAGCAUGCGGCCCAAGACGCACUGCACUACAAGAAAGACGGCGUCUGGCACUCGUACACGUGGCAAGAGUACCUUGACACGUCGCGCCAGUUUGCGAAAGCGCUGCUUCACCUCGGCUUUGACCGCUUCGACACGAUCUCGAUUUCGGGCUUCAACGCGUGCGAGUGGUUUUUUGCCUACAUGGGCACGAUCCUCGCGGGUGGCGCCGCCACCGGCAUCUACACGACCAACUCGGCGGCGGCGUGCCAGUACGUGUGCGCCGACUCGUUGGCGCGCGUUAUCGUCUGUGACGGCGUCGCGCAACUUCAAAAGUUUGUGUCGAUCGCAGACCAACUCCCAUCGCUCAAGGCGCUCGUUGUGUACAAUGCGAACGUGCCGGCCGACGUGGCUACCUCGGUGCCUGUGUACAGCUUUGCGUCGUUCUUGGAGCUCGGAAAAGACGUGGCCGAGUCGUGGAUCGACGACCGCAUCGCGGCCCAGCGCCCGGGCCACUGCGCGUCGCUCAUCUACACGUCGGGCACGACGGGCAACCCGAAGGGCGUCAUGCUCUCGCACGACAACAUGACGUACACGAUGCGCGCGAUGAAUUGGGGCUUUGCCGCCGACACGUUUGGCCCGACCGAUCGCAUCAUCUCGUACCUUCCGCUCUCGCACAUUGCGGGCCAGAUCCUCGACAUUGGCAACCAGAUUUUGCACGGGCUGCACAUUUACUUUGCCGACCCGGAUGCGCUGAAAGGCUCGCUUGGCAAGACGCUCAAGGAGGUCAAGCCCACCUUUUUCCUCGCAGUGCCCCGCGUCUUUGAGAAAAUCUACGAAAAGAUGCUCGAGACGGGCCGCGACACGAAGGGCCUCAAGAAGAUCAUUGUCCGCAUGGCCCGCGCGAUCGGCCUCGCGAAAGUCCAAGCCAGCACCCACAACGGCGACAAGAGCGUUCCGUGGGGCUACGCGCUCGCCAAGUACCUCGUCUUUGACAACGUCCGCGCGGCGCUGGGGCUCGACGAGUGCAAGACGUGCUUCUCGGGCACCGCGCCGUUCAACCCGGAAGUCUCGUCUUUCUUCGCGUCGCUCGACAUUCCGAUCUAUGAGGCCAUGGGCCUCAGCGAGACGGCGGGUAUCACGUUUGCCAACUACCCCGCGACGUGGAAGCAAAGCAGCCUCGGUCCAGCCAUGUAUGGCGCCGAAGUCAAGAUCGACCCGGCCAACUCGGAGCUGCUCAUUCGCGGCCGCCACGUCAUGAUGGGCUACAUCAACAACGCCGCGGCGACCGCCGCGACGAUCGACGACGAAGGCUUCCUCCAUAGCGGGGACUGCGCGUCCAUUGACGCGGACGGCUACGGCUUCAUCACGGGGCGUCUCAAGGAGCUCAUCAUCACGGCUGGUGGCGAGAACGUCCCGCCCGUCCUGAUCGAGAACGUCCUCAAGGAAGAGAUUCCGAUCCUCGGCAAUGCCAUGGUUGUCGGCGACAAGCGCAAGUUUCUCUCGGUCAUCUUUACGUUGCGUGUCCUCAUGGAUGCCAACGGCGCGCCGACCAAUGAGCUCGACAGCGCUGUGACACACGCACUGCGCGAGAUUGGGUCGAGUGCGACGACGGUGGCCGAGGCCCUCGCGGACCCCAAGGUGCUCGCGUACGUCGACGCGGGCCUCAAGCGUGCCAACGAGAAGGCGACGUCGCGCGCGCAAAAGGUGCAAAAGUACAUUUUCGUAUCGGAGGACUUCAGCGUGCCGGGCGGCGAGAUGACGCCAACGCUCAAGCUCAAGCGCAACGUGGUGCUUGACAAGUACGCGGCCGAGAUCGACGUCAUGUACCAAGUCGUCUAAGUACUGCACUACACAUUGUAUCGAUACAUAUGCAUGUCUAC